CACCACAGCCACCAGCUCCCAAGAGACAGAGGGAGAGUGAGAGAGACACACACACACAGAGAAGUCGCUGCUGACGCUAGCAGACACAGAAAACAACAGCAGAGAUGAGUGCACCUGCAGGAAGCGCCCUGUCCACCCCUGCUGGAGCCAACGGCCCCACAACACCCAAGAAGGGACCACCCAAGUUCAAGCAGAGGGCAACCCGUACCUUCAAGAGCAAGGCCCCCAAGCCUGGACAGAAGGGAUUUGGUGAUGACAUCCCCGGAAUGGAGGGUCUUGGCACAGACUUCACAGUGGUCUGCCCAUGGGAGGCUUUCGGGGACAUGGAGCUCAGCGACUUGGCCAAAUACGGCAUCAUCUAAACCUGCCUGCCCCGCCUUCCACCCACUCUCCGCCUUUGACCACACCCCCAUGUAUAGCUUGGUCCUCUGCCCUCCCCUCCACCUCCCCUUCCCCUCCCCUCCACCUCCCCACACCCUCCUCUCUCGCGAUCUUUGCAUCAUGUGUGCUGCUGCCACAGUCAUGCCUCCCAGCCUGAAGACCCGGGCCUGCUGAGCAGUGGCUUUUUAAGAGCACACACAUAUAAAUGGCAUUAUUUUUUUUAUUAUUAUUAUAUAAUAAUACUUUAUAUUUGAUGGACUUGAGACAUAAUGACUAUGUGAUCACCCCCUCUCUCUGAAAUCAGCACUCCAUAAGAUAGUCUACCUCGACUUCCACCCUCCACUCUCUCUAGACACAAAGCGAUGUAUAUAAAUAUAUUAGUCAAGUCUAAAACAAAUAUCUCAUAACUGGGAUGUAUGUGCUUCUAGGAGUAGGAGGAUGUAACCCAUAAGUGUGACCCUUAUACCAAAAGGCAAUAUGUCCUUCCCUCCCUACUUCCCUCUCUCCUUCCCUCCCUUCCUCCUUCCCUCCUUCCCUCUCUCCUUCUCUCCCUCACUCACCUCUACCCCUUCCCUCUCCUCCCUCUGUGGUCCUGCUCUUUUCAUACUUCAUUAUCUUGUAGCUUUUGCAUUGUGUUUUGAACAUAAGUGGUGUUUUUACAACGAGGGUCUGCAAUGCUUUGGGAAAGAAAACUACAAUGCAGCAGCAGAACCCUUUGCAGUUUUUUUGUUUGCUCACCGCCCGCCCAACCACCCGACUGCCCGGCCGCCCAGCACCUGUCCUGCCUCCCCCUCCCGUCAGUCGUUCAUCCUACUCAGCUGGCAAUAAAAUGCGACACAUUUAUUUUGUUAAAUGUGAAGGUCCAUUGUAUAUGCGGUUAGAAUCAUUAAAACUUUAUAUUUUCAGUA